AUUAAUUAGAUGUUGACAGGAGAGACUGAGACACGGCGCAUAGGCAUACAAUUACAAAUAUUUCAUCUUCAUCUUCAUGUGAUGUACUAGAAAGAUUUGAACUAGUCCAAAGAUAUUACUACUACAAGUCGAGUCGCACUACCACUAGUACCCUCUUCAAGAGCCAGUAAGGUCCUUAUAUAUUCUUACUUGACGGCGAACCACACGGUCUUGCAUAUUAGUGUCAUUACCGGAGCUGGUGGGAGAUCCUUGCGGGGAUACUAAGAGGCGCGAUUUUGAUAAAAACUUGCACAUUGAUUGCGUCCCAUGGUUGAUGUAUGACUAUCACUGCCUGAUAUUGACUAGACUUCGUUCAUUUCCUUAAGUGAAAGACUGCGUAAAGUGAUGGGCGUCAAGGUGUUACGGCAGUAGAAGUACUAGAAGACGAAGAACACGAAUUAACAUGAUUUACCCUACAAAUACAUAUAUCCCGACAACAACUACGACUACAAAGACAGCGAUGUCUGUCAUAUGGGUACCACUACAAAAGCCACAAAAUAUGGUAGUUUUCAGCGUGAAAGAUUGCAGAAGUUGCAAGCCUGAGCGACACCUGCUCCUCAAUUGUGCA